AUGAAUGUAAACAACAUAUUAAGAAAUAUUAUUAAAGCUCGCUCUACUAAUAUUUUAUUUCAAAGAUGGAAAGGUUCUGAAAAACAAGUAACUACUUAUGAUCCAUUUAUGACAAAACCACAAAAAACUAGAGAUACUUAUCUAGAAGUAAUAAAAAUGUUCGAGGGGCAAGAUACUAGACGUCGUGGUCAUGUAGAAUUUAUUUAUGCCGCCUUAAGUCGUAUGUCAGAAUUUGGUGUUCAAAAGGACCUAGAAGUUUAUAAAGCUUUAGUAGAUGUACUCCCGAAAGGAAAAUUUAUACCUACAAAUAUUUUUCAAGCUGAAUUUAUGCAUUAUCCUAAACAACAACAGUGUGCUGUAGAUUUGUUAGAACAAAUGGAAAAUAAUGGGGUAAUGCCAGAUAUAGAAAUGGAACAGAUGUUGUUAAACAUUUUUGGUAGACGAGGCAUACCUCUAAGAAAAUAUUGGAGGAUGAUGUAUUGGAUGCCAAAGUUUAAAAAUCUCAGUCCUUGGCACUUGCCAGAGCAACUUCCCGGUGACACAUUAGAACUGGCAAAACUGGCUAUACAAAGAAUUACAUCAGUGGAUCCGGACACUCAAAUAAAUGUUUGGCAGACAGAUGAAGUUGAGGCUUCCUUGGACAAAACAUGGAUAGUAAGUGCACAAAGCAGAAUUCAGCAAGUAUUAUUAUCAGAACAGCCUGUAGAUGAGCCGCUGGUGAUAAAAGGACCUUAUAAUGUAUAUUUAAGAGAUAAUGUGGUCACAUACUUCACACUACUAGGAAAAACGAGACCUGAAUAUAAAGAUGAUACUGAUACUGAUGAUGUUUCUAAAAUUGAAAAACCGCCAGGGAUACCAGGUGUUAUUGGCAAAGUGACACUGCCACAAGUCAAAUGCACAGUCCAUGAACAGGACGAUGGAACUAUUGUAGGAGUUUGUGCGACAGGAACUUCAUCAAGAGAUUCAUUACUAUCAUGGAUAAGACUGUUAGAAAAACAUAAUAAUCCACUAUUAGCAAAUAUACCUGUAAUAUUUACUCUACUUGCUCCGCCAUCAGAUGUGUCAUUAUAUGAAAAUGAGGUCACAACUCAAGAAGAAAAUGUUAAUUCAACAACA